AUAAUCAGCAGUUUGCUUCUAAAUUUUCACUGGAAAGGUAACGCUUUCUUUAUACAGAAUUUGAAAAAGAGAUCUUCUGCUAACUAUGACUUCCUCCGAACUACCCUCGACAUUUGUGCAAGGUUUUCACAAUGAAGAAUUGUGCAGAAAAAUGGAGUAUCGCGUUUUAGGCCGUACCGGUUUAAAGGUAUCGAAAAUAUCUUUGGGAGGUGCCACAUUUAGUGCACUAUUCGGCGAAGUCAAUGUGGAAGAAGCAAUAGCUACUGUUCACAAAGCUUUAAAAUCGGGUAUAAACUAUAUUGAUACAGCUCCCUUUUAUGGCCAAGGACGUUCAGAAGAAAUCUUGGGUUUGGCCUUAAAAGAUGUACCACGCUCUGCUUAUUAUAUAGCCACUAAAGUGGCUCGCUAUGAGUCUACCUAUGAGGGCAUGUUUGAUCUUUCAGCUAAAAAGACACGUGAAAGUGUAGAGAAAAGUUUAAAACUAUUGGGUUUGGAUUAUGUGGAUCUAAUACAGAUUCAUGAUAUUGAAUUUGCUCCCGAUUUGAAUACAGUGGUUAAUGAAUGUCUACCCGAAUUGGAGAGAAUUGUUAAGGAAGGCAAGGCUCGGUUUAUAGGUGUUACUGGAUAUCCUUUGAAGACCUUAAAGGAAUGCAUUCAAUUGGCUAAUGGAAGAUUUGAUACCGUUUUAUCCUAUGCCCGCAAUACCCUUUGCGAUGAUGCCCUCAAAUCCUACAUUGAUUUCUUUCAAAGCCAAAACCUAGGUAUUGUAUGUGCUGCUGCCCAUGCUGUGGGUCUUUUAACGAAUAAUGGUCCACAACAAUGGCAUGUGGCAAAUGAAGAACUCAAACAAAUUUGCCACAAAGCCGCAAAUAUCUGCAAAGAGUCCAAUAUCGAACUUGGCAAACUGGCCAUGUAUCAUACCAUGCAAAUGCCUGGUCCCGCAACAUUUCUCAUUGGCAUGCAAACUCGUCAGCUGUUGGAUAUUAAUUUACAGGCAGUUUUUAAUGGUCUAAGCAAGAAGGAACAGGAAGUUUUAAAACUUUUAAAAGAAACCAUUUUUACCAAGUCAAUCAACUGGGAGGGUAUUGAACUUGAACGCUACUGGGCAGCCAUGAAUAAUAAAAAGGAAAAGAAAUAAUUGUAAUUAUAUUUAAUAUUUCAUAAUUUACAUAUAAACUUGUGUGUAAGCUUUAUAUAUGAACAGAAAUAAAUUUCAAUAAAUUUUAAUGU